GAAAUUUUAUUGGGAAAGCUUUUACGGAUGAUAAAUUUUGAAUUCGACUUUACUGCAUAGAAAGAAACGAAAACAUGAUUAAAAUACAAAGAUAUUAAUGGUAUAAACAAGAACAUGAAGUAAAAAGUUAGAGAGGAACUCUUCAGUUUCCGACUUCCAAAACCUUCACGUGCCUCUUUCUCCCACCCUCUUCUUCACAACACUGUCCACUUCGAAAACUCCAGUCACCAGAUUCAGAUCUCUUCCUCUAUGUCUCAGUCACCAUCUUCUCCCCGACAGUGCUUUUCUCUACUCAUCUUUGUUCUCACCAUUGCUAAAACUUACUCAUCUCCAUGCUCAUCCUCUUCCUUUCAUUGCCCUCCUUUUAACUCAUCUCCACCGUUCCCAUUCUCUACCUCUCCGGGUUGUGGCCACCCAAACUUCCAGAUCCAAUGCUCAUCCCCACGCGCCACCAUCUCAAUCAAAAACCUCACUUUCUCUCUCCUCCAUUACUCCUCCCUCGCCUCCUCUCUCACCCUCUCUCCACAGCUAGACUCUAACCAAAACAACUGCUCAUCUCUCCGGUUCUCCUCCUCAUCCCCAAACCGGUUCAUAGACCUAACCGGUUCUCCUUUCAGAGUCUCCGACUCUUCUUGCUCCCGUCUCUCUCUCCUCCGCCCUUGCUCUCCCUUAACUCUCCCUAACUGUAGUCGUUGCCCUUCGGACUGCAAACUACUAAAGAACCCGGGUCGGAUCCUCCACGGAUGCGAAUCAACCCACGGAUCCUUGUCCGAGCAAGGCUGCCAAGGAGAUCUCCUAAGCUUCCUCCAAGACUUUUUAACCCGUUUCGGCUUCGAAGUCGAAUGGGACGAGUCUCAAGACCCAUACUUCACUAAAUGCAGAGACUGUCGGGUCAAAAACGGACUCUGCGGGUUUAACUCCACCCACCCGGAUCAACACUUCAUCUGUUUCUCCUCUCGGUCAACGACAACAGUCAACAACCAUGUCGCUGUCUUAUGUCUCAUCUUCGCUUUAACAUCUCUCCUCCUCGCCAUCUCCGUCACGGUCGCAAUCUUCCGAUCAAGAAGAGGCACCUUCCUCUCCUCCGUCAACGAAGAAGACCCCGCCGCUCUCUUCCUCCGCCGCCACCGCGCCGCCGCCCUCCUCCCUCCGGUCUUCACCUUCGAGGAGCUCGAAACCGCCACCAACAAGUUCGACCCCAAACGCAAGAUCGGCGACGGAGGGUUCGGCUCCGUAUACCUAGGCCAGCUCGCCGACGGGCAGCUCCUCGCCGUGAAGUUCCUCCACCACCACCACGGCGCCACCGCCGCUGACACCGAGCACUGCAAAGCCUUCUCCAUGAAAUCCUUCUGCAACGAGAUCUUGAUCCUCUCUUCCAUCAACCACCCGAACCUAGUCAAGCUCCACGGCUACUGCUCCGACCCGAGAGGGCUUAUCCUCGUCCAUGAUUACGUCACCAACGGAACUCUCGCGGAUCAUCUCCACGGGAGGAAGUCGAAGAUGACGUGGCGGAUACGGUUAGAUAUCGCUUUGCAGACGGCUUUAGCUAUGGAGUAUCUACACUUCUCUAUCGCCCCACCCGUUGUUCAUAGAGACAUCACUUCGUCGAACAUCUUCGUGGAGAGAGACAUGAGGAUUAAGGUGGGGGACUUUGGUCUCUCUAGGCUCUUGGUGUUGUCGGAGACGAGCGUGAACUCGGGUUCUACGUCUGAUUACGUUUGCACGGGGCCGCAAGGUACGCCUGGUUAUUUGGAUCCGGAUUAUCACCGGUCUUUCCGGUUAACGGAGAAGAGUGAUGUUUAUAGUUACGGCGUCGUUUUGAUGGAGUUGAUGACGGGGAUGAAGGCUGUUGACCAGCGUCGUGAGAAGAGAGAUGUGGCUUUGGCUGAGCUGUUUGUGUCUAAGCUUCAGGUGGGUCUUCUUGAUGAGGUGGUUGAUCCGUUGCUUGUGGGUGAUGAUGAUGACGGUGGUGGUGUUGCGGCGGUUGCUGAGCUGGCGUUCCGGUGUGUUGCGGUGGAUAAGGAUGAUCGUCCGGACGCGAAGGAGAUCGUUGGGGAGCUGAGGAGGAUUAAGAGCCGUACAAGUGUGGGUGGAGAUGACGUGGAGAAAUGAUGACUGUUGGAUUAGAUUACGAUGAUGUAAUGUGAUGGAAGUAAAAAGAGUUUGACUUGUCCCCACGUGUGUCAGUGUUGAAAGGCAAACCUUCUGAAACGACUAGAAGGAGAUUCACAUGAGUGUGUGUGUGUGACGUAAUCGUAGUACACAUCACUCGAAGUUUGUAUUAUGUUUAUAGAUUUGUACGUGUGAGAAUAGAGAUUCGGAAAAAAAUGAUUUUUAUGUUUCCCGUAACCGUAAGAUAUCAAUAUUGGGGAACCAAAUAAUCAAGGAUAUCAAAUCGUGUGUUUU